CAUCUUUGCCUUUGGAAACUUGUGCGACGCUCCUAUACACUAUCACAUUCCUUCCCUUCUCAUACACUCAUUCAUCAUGGAGCGUAACUUGGAACAUAGAAAGAACAACUUCAAAGGCAAGACCAACUUUGCGGCUGACCAGCUGCGUAGACGUCGUGAAGAGCAGCAAGUCGAGAUCAGGAGGCAGAAGCGUGAAGAGAAUAUCGCCAAGAGGCGUAACUUUCAUCCAGUCUUGGAGGAUGAUCUCGACUCGGAUGAAGAUGUCGAGCUUGGUUCUGCUGCCCUGGGCGAGACGCUGCCCCAGAUGUUGGCAGCUGUCUUGAGUCAGGAUCCUAAUGCGCAAUUGGAAGCGACCAUGAAAUUUCGCAAACUGCUGUCCAAGGAGAAAAGUCCACCCAUCGAUCGAGUCAUCGAGUGCGGAGUUGUUCCUCGCUUUGUGGAGUUUUUGCAGAGCAACAAUGCCAUGAUACAGUUUGAAGCGGCUUGGGCUUUGACCAACAUUGCUUCUGGCACUUCUCAACACACUCAUACUGUCAUCGAAGCUGGUGCUGUCCCACACUUCAUCAAACUCCUCUCGUCCCCUGUCAUCGACGUCCGGGAACAAGCGGUUUGGGCUUUGGGAAACAUUGCCGGUGACUCGCCCAAAUGUCGGGAUUACGUCCUUGAAACUGGCGCUCUCGAACCCCUUCUCAUGCUCCUCAAUGAAGAUCAUAAACUGUCAAUGUUAAGGAAUGCUACUUGGACUCUGAGCAAUUUCUGCCGUGGAAAAAAUCCUCAACCCAAAUGGAAAAAGAUCGCUCCGGCUCUUUCUGUCCUUACAAAACUCAUCUAUUCCCUUGAUGACGAAGUCUUGAUCGAUGCUUGUUGGGCCAUCUCUUAUCUUUCCGACGGUACCAAUGACAAGAUCCAAGCUGUCAUCGAAAGUGGUGUGUGCCGUCGAUUGGUCGAUCUCCUCAUGCACCCGUCCACCGCGGUUCAAACUCCAGCUCUACGAUCUGUGGGUAAUAUCGUCACCGGUGAUGACCUGCAAACCCAAGUGGUCAUCUCUUCUGGUGCCUUGUCAGCUCUCCUGAGCUUGCUAUCAUCUCCCAAGGAUGGUAUUCGCAAGGAAGCAUGCUGGACUAUUUCCAACAUCACCGCAGGUUCUCCGCUGCAGAUUCAGGCUGUCAUUGACGCAAACAUCAUUCCCCCUCUCAUCAACAUCCUCCAGAACGCCGAUUUCAAAACUCGUAAAGAAGCAUGUUGGGCCAUCUCGAAUGCGACUUCCGGUGGACUUCAAGAACCAAAUCAAAUUCGAUAUCUCGUCAGUCAAGGUUGUAUCAAACCCAUGUGCGACCUUCUUGGAACGAUGGACAACAAGAUUAUCCAGGUCGCGCUUGACGGAUUGGAGAAUAUUCUCAAAGUUGGAGAGAUCGAUAAAGAAGCGGCGGGUCCAGGUGGUGUCAACAAAUAUGCUCAGUACAUCGAGGAGGCGGGCGGUAUGGUCGCCAUUCAUAAUCUUCAACAUCACGAGAAUUUGGAGAUUUACAAGAAAUGUUUCUACAUCAUGGACAAAUUCUUCCCAGACGAUGAAGAAGAAGAGGCAGGUGCUGCUCCCGCUGUGGACGCCAGCGGACAAUACGCCUUCCAAAGUGACGUUGCCGUUCCUCAUGGAGGUUUCAACUUUACCUCGUGACAAUGAAUGCCCGACCUUUCACAUUGACCAUGUCCAUCAAUGACAUGCGCUGUACUUCCUACUCCGUACCGAAUCCUUUACCCGAUAAACAAUCUGUACAUCCCAAUCGCUCUUUCCAACCCAUAAGCAUCGACCGUCGCGUAUAGUGACCCGGCCCUUCCUUCACCAUCCCCGAUAUUUGACUUCCACUGUAUGACUUCCUCACCUGUCUCUCAAUUACACAAAUUCAUCUUCCCAUCGUGGUCCCUUUGAACAUGUCCCUCACUAGCAACAAUCAGCAUCGACGUAGGCAAUAGCCGCGUCGUCCCACACUUCACCCGGUACGAUCUGGAAAAGUCGAGUUUGUCUUGAUAACGACCGUCUGCGCAUGUAGAUGGAACAUAUGCAACAUAUAUCGAGAAAUGAAUACAUGACGUGUGUUGGUAUGCAAUGCGUCCAUAAU